AUGGCUUCCACCCGGCAGUAUGACUUGGUUCUUCUAGGCCCCACUGGCUAUACUGGCCGCUUCUGCUCAGAGCACAUUGUCAAGAACCUUCCCACGGAUCUGAAAUGGGCCAUUGCAGGUCGUUCGCCGCAAAAGAUCGAGCCUAUCGCCGAGGAGCUCAAGAAGCUCAACUCGGAUCGGAUUCAGCCUGAUGUCCUUGCUGUCCAGCUCAACUCGACCGAGUUGAACGAGCUUGCGCAGAAGACUAGACUCAUCAUCAAUUGCAUUGGCCCCUACCACCUGUACUCGACUCCAGUAGUUGAGGCUUGUGCUGCGCAUGGCACCCACUAUGUUGAUGCGACUGGCGAGACCCCAUGGGUCAAGCUGAUCAUCGACAAAUACCACGAGAAGGCCAAGAGCAACGGCGCAAUUGCAAGUAUCCAGAAACUAGCUUCCCUAAUCAUCCCCUCGGUUGGCGUCGAGAGUGCCCCAGCAGACAUGCUGGCCUGGGCUCUGGUCAAGCACGUCCGAGAAGAACUCGCAUGCCAGACAAGGGAGAUUGACUGUUGCAUCAAGGAGAUGAAAUCCUCCGGCCCCAGCGGCGGCACUCUCAACACCGUCCUCAGCAUCUUCGACUGGCUCCCAUCCUCCGAGCUAACAAAAUCAAUGACCCCCUUCGCCCUUGCAGCAUCACCCCCACCAAAGGACAUCCCAAGCGAGUCCAUCAUCAACAAACUCUUCGGCGCACGCUGGAUCCGCGAUCUCGGUACGGUAACCACCUCCCCCUCCGGCAUGGCCGACAUCACCAUCGUCCACCGAAGCAGCACCCUCAUGCCAGAGCUCUACGGCAAACGCUUCUUCUUCCGGCAAUUCCUGCACGUGCGCAACUCCCUCAUCGGCGUCGUCGUGCACAUCGGUUUCCUACUCGGCAUCUCGCUGCUCAUGAUCCCGCCCGUUCGCGCGCUGGUUCGCAAGUUCAUUUUUGCGCCGGGUCAGGGUCCUACCCUGGAGGCGUCGAAGAAUGAUCGUCUUGAGUAUCAUGCUGUGGCGACGGCUGAUCAGGAGGGUCCGGCUCCUAAGCGGGUCUUUGGCAAGUUUACUUAUCAUGGUACUAUGUAUGUUUUGACGGGGUUGUUGCUUGCUGAGGCUGCGAUGACUAUUCUUAAGGAGGAGGAGAAGGUGAAGAAGGUAUCGCGUGGUGGUAUUGUGACGUCGGCGACUUUGGGUCAGGACUUUGUUGAUCGUAUUGAAAAUGUGGGAUGUCACAUCGAUACAAAGACUUUCCAGUAUUAG